AUUAUACACUACUUGGCCUUCUUGCAAUUCCUCCUGCUUCGACUUACUUUGCAUUCCCUUACUUCGAGUCGAACCACUUGGCCAACCUGUUAGUCUCACCACUUGACCCCUGUGGUAUAAAGUAUAUGCACUACAUUGGGAAUGAGCAAGAACACUUUCGGCAGGCUCGGGAAUGGGCUAUCCCAAAUGCCCUCAGCUCAAACAUUGGCGACAGGACUUUGCACGAGCUCUAUCUAUGGCCAUUUGCUGAUGCCGUUAAAGCGGGCGUUGCAAGUGUCAUGUGCAGUUACCAGAUGACGAAUAACUCAUACUCUUGCGCCAAUAGCAAGUUGAUAAAUGGCAUUCUAAAAGAUGAACUCGGAUUUCAAGGAUUCGUCCAGUCCGACUGGCUCGCGCAGCGAGCUGGGGUGGCGAGUACAUUGGCAGGGUUGGACAUGAGCAUGCCAGGAGAUGGUCUUGUAUGGGCAAACGGCCAGUCGCUCUGGGGCCCUGAACUUACCAAGUCGGUUCUCAAUGGCUCUGUGCCUGUAUCUCGGUUGAAUGAUAUGGUGACCCGUAUUGUCGCAGCAUGGUACCAACUCGGACAGGAUGACGGAUCUAAAUUUGACCGAAAGGGGCCAAACUUUUCGUCGUGGACGAAUGAUGCCAAAGGACGUCUUCAUCAUGGUAGCCCAGAUGACAACAGCCUUCAAAUAGUCAAUCAGUUUGUCAAUGUUCAAGGCGAAGAGGAAAAUUCCCAUGCCGAAAUCGCAAAGGAGGUGGCAAUACAAGGGACGGUGUUGCUCAAAAACAGCGGCAUCUUGCCCCUUAGCCGUGUGGGCUGGCCAGAGGAUUCGACACAGGACAGGAAGUUUAGGAUUGGCAUAUUCGGGGAAGACUCUGGGCCUGGCAAUGGGCCAAAUGUUUGCGAGGAUCGUGCCUGUAACCAGGGAACUCUAGGAUCUGGAUGGGGCUCUGGGGCCGUUGAGUUUCCGUAUCUCAUUACGCCAGUUUCUGCGAUCAAGGCGGCCGUCAAUAAGGCCAAAGUCGACGUAACCGACUCAUUGACCAACAAGGCCCCGCCAGGAAGCUCGUCGAUGCUGAAGGACGAAGAUAUUUGUAUCGUGUUCGUGAACGCUGACUCGGGCGAGGGCUACAAGAAAUUCGAUGGCAUUGCGGGCGAUCGAAAUGACCUCAAAUUACACAAGGAUGGCGAUAAGCUUGUCCAGCAGGUAACAAACGGCUGUGGUGGCGGGAAAGGCGAUACUGUUGUCGUUGUCCACGCCGUUGGCCCUGUGUUGAUGGAAAGCUGGAUUGAUCUUCCCGGCGUGAAAGCCGUGGUUAUGGCUCAUCUUCCUGGCCAAGAAAGCGGCAAUGCCCUCGUGGAUAUCCUUUUCGGCGAUGCGAACCCGAGCGGUAAACUUCCAUAUACAAUCGGAAAGAGUCUCGACGAUUAUGGGAGUGGAGCCAAGGUUCUCUAUUUGCCCAAUGCGCCGAUCUCACAGCAGAACUUCUCUGAAGGCAUCUACAUCGACUACAGACACUUUGACAAAUAUGACAUCACACCGCGCUUCGAGUUUGGAUUUGGGCUCUCCUACACCAAGUUUGAGUAUAGCGAUAUUCAAGUCACUACCGUCAAGGGGAAGUCGGCACUACCUGACCUGCGGCCAAAUGCCACAGCUCCGCCAACUUAUUAUCAAACACUUCCCGACCCCUCAUCUGCGCUCUACCCUUCUGGAUUCAGAAGGUUAGCAAAGUACAUUUACCCCUACAUCAACAACGUAUCGGGUAUUACUACAGGGUCAUAUCCAUACCCAGAUGGCUACAACACGACACAGCUGGCAUCCCAAGCCGGUGGCGGCGAGGGUGGCAACCCAUCACUUUUCGACGUCCACGCUAGCGUGUCCGUGACCCUGAAAAACACUGGUGGGGUGUCCGGCGCAGAAGUUGCGCAAUUGUAUUUAUCAUACCCUAAGUCCCCAGUUCCUAGCGACUCCAUGGGUGGGAUAAAACGAGGUGGCUGGUUCGACACUGAUAUGAGUGACUUCCCAGUUAAAGUGCUGAGAGGCUUUGAGAAGAUAAACUUGGAGCCGGGAGAGGUAAAGGAUGUACACUUCAAGUUAACUCGAAGAGAUCUGAGUUUCUGGGAUGUGAGGGAGCAAAACUGGGUUAUGCCUGUUGACGGGGCUUUUACAAUAAGGGUUGGGAGUAGCUCAAGGGAUAUCAGGCUUGAAGGAAAAUUCUAAUGUGUUGGUCUGGUCUUAACAUGGGAAGCGGGCGUUUUGGAAUCGAUACCAAAAUUAGAAGGGGUGUAUGGGAGAUGCUCCUCGAAAAUAUUGGUAGAAUGGGGAAUUUUAGUAUGUAAAUCAAUGAC